AUGGAAGGCCACCCAGGAGCAGAUCAAGAUUGCUCACCGCAAGAAGGUGCUCAAGCACCACCCCGACAAGAAGGCCGGCUCCUCGGCCACCCCGAGAAGCGUCGCCAGUUUGACUCGGUCGACGAGUCGAUCGAUGAUGAGGCCGUUCCCACGGGUAAAGAGCCCGCCGACCAAUUCUACGCCCUCUGGGGUCCCGUCUUCGAGCGCGAGGGCCGCUUCUCUGAACCCAAGAACGGCCCCGUGCCCCAGCUCGGCGAUGCCAACUCGACCCGUGAGCAGGUCAACGAGUUCUACGACUUCUUCUACAACUUUGACUCGUGGCGUUCGUUCGAGUACCUCGACAAGGAGAUCAACGAAGGCUCGGACAACCGCGACGACAAGCGAUACACCGAGAAGAAGAACCGCAACGAGCGCGCCCGCAGAAAGAAGGAGGACAACGCCCGCCUGCGCAACCUCGUCGACAAGGCCCUCUCCGUCGACCCGCGUAUCAAGCAGUUCAAGGCUGACGACAAGGCCGCCCGCGAGGCCAAGAAGAACAAGGGUCGUCCCGGUGCCAACGGUGCCGCUGCCGUAGACCCGCGCAAGGCCGCUGAGGACAAAAAGAAGGCCGAGGAGGAGGCCAAGCUCAAGGCUGAGCAGGAGGCCAAGGCUGCCGAGCAGGAGAAGUCUGCCAAGGCCGACGCCAAGAAACAGAAGGAGGCGGCGAAAAAGGCUAUCAAGAAGGAAAAGAAGGCGCUCAACAAGCUCAUCACCGACAACAACUACUUCCAGGCUGCUGGCGCCCCGACCCCGCAGGUCAUCGAGGCCCAGCUCAACGAGCUCGACUCGCUGUGCGAGAAGCUCGAGGCGGUCAAGCUGGCCGAGUACAGGAAGAAGGCCGAGGCUGCGUCCGGUGCUGAGGCCAUCAAGGCCGAGUUUGCCAGUGCUGCCAAGGAGGCUGGCAUCGGUGCUUCCGCUUUCGCUUAA